CGCAGUAUGGCCGCAAAUUUCCUCAUUCACGGAAAGGGGCCUAUCAGCGUCCCGCGUCCAUGACAACGACGACAGAUUGGGGAGGGGUCGAACGCAGGAAGAGGAGACUUUGGCGGGAGAGUGGGAACGUUUUGCUGCACGGGAAAGCCAUUAAAAAUGGAUUUUAAGCGCAAAAAGGCAGCGCCUUCCGGAGGCUUCUCCUCCCAGGCCAAGAAGAAGAAGACAGAUUGGGAUGAUGACGGGCCGUCCCAGUUUGAAGAAGAGCUGGCCUUCCUGGACGAGGUUGAAGCGGACAUGGCCAUGGAGAUGAGUGAAGCUUACUGCGCUGCAGACGUCUUACCUGUCGAUGAACUUACAAGCAACAUUUCACCAAAGUGGCUGAGGCCCCCGCUAUCUCCGAUCGAUCCGCAGCAGGACGCCAUCUGCUUUCAUCAGAUUGAACUAGAUCAUUACAUUGGGUCACACAUUCCCGGGAUGCUCGGUGCCAAACAAGGACCUGUUCCCAUCAUCCGGAUGUUUGGAAUCACAGCAGACGGGAACAGCGUAUGCUGCCAUAUACACGGCUUUGCCCCAUACUUCUAUGUACCUUGCCAGCUCGGAUUCAGCCGGGAACAUCUGAGCGACUUCAAGAAGGAACUGAACAAUGCAGUGAUCAAGGACAUGCGUUCUAACAAAGACAACAUCUCCCAGGCCGUCCUGGCUGUGGACAUCUGCAUGAAAGAGAAUAUGUAUGGAUAUCAUGGGAAGAAGAGUCAUUCAUUUCUUAAAAUCACCAUGGCCUUUCCUCGCCUAAUUGCACCUGCCAAACGUCUCUUAGAACAAGGAAUACGGUUUGGCAGCUUCCCAACGCAGUGUUACCAAGCCUAUGAAGCCAACAUUGACUUUGAAAUUAGGUUUAUGGUUGAUAAUGAUAUUGUUGGAUGUAAUUGGAUUGAGCUCCCUGCUGGUAAAUAUCGUAUACGUAAGGAACCUCAUGGAGGGAGUGUUAGCGAUGAUGACCCCAAAAAGAUGUCUCUGGUCCAGUUAGAGGUUGAUGUCAGUUGGGUUGACCUCAUAAGUCAUCCCGCUGAAGGGGAUUGGCAGAAGAUUGCACCUCUACGCGUUCUCAGUUUUGACAUUGAAUGUGCUGGAAGGAGAGGUGUGUUUCCCGAGCCUGACAAAGAUCCGGUCAUCCAGAUUGCCAACAUGGUUUUGCGUCAGGGAGAGAAGGACCCCUUUAUACGCAAUGUUUUCACUCUAGGCACCUGCUCCAGCAUUGUCGGCUCUCAGGUGCUUUGCUUCGAGAAGGAGGAUGCACUUCUUAAGGCCUGGGCUGAAUUUGUGCGCAUCAUUGAUCCAGAUAUUAUAACUGGCUACAAUAUUCAGAAUUUUGACUUGCCGUACCUGAUCAACAGAGCUCAGACCCAAAAGGUGCACAGUUUUCCUUUCCUCGGGAGAAUGAGAAACAUGAGGUCUGUGAUCCGAGACUCUUCCUUCCAGUCCAAACAGAUGGGGAGACGAGAGAACAAAGUCAUCAAUACCGAGGGCCGAGUUCAGUUUGACCUUCUUCAGGUUCUUCUGAGAGAUUACAAGCUGCGGUCCUACACCUUGAAUGCUGUCAGUUUUCACUUUUUACAAGAACAGAAGGAGGAUGUGCAGCAUUCCAUCAUUACUGACCUGCAGAAUGGGAACGAGCAGACCCGCCGUCGACUUGCUGUGUAUUGCUUGAAGGAUGCCUAUUUGCCGCUGCGCCUUUUGGAGAAGCUCAUGUGUGUUAUUAAUUACAUGGAGAUGGCUCGUGUGACCGGCGUGCCUCUUAACUACUUGUUAUUACGUGGGCAGCAAAUUAAGGUUGUGUCGCAGCUUCUAAGACAGGCUAUGAAGCAAAAUCUGGUAAUGCCAGUGGUGAAAUCAGAGGGAGGCGAGGACUACACUGGUGCCACCGUUAUUGAACCCGUCAAAGGGUAUUAUGAUGUGCCUAUUGCCACUCUAGAUUUUUCAUCGCUGUAUCCAUCUAUAAUGAUGGCUCACAAUCUCUGCUAUACCACUCUGCUACAGUCUGGAGCCGUCGAUAAACACGGGCUCAACCCUGAGGAUUUUAUCAAGACCCCUACUGGAGAUUGUUUUGUCAAAUCCAGUGUAAGGAAAGGGUUGCUUCCUGAGAUUUUGGAAAAUCUUUUAACUGCCCGAAAACGUGCAAAAGCAGAGCUGAAGAAGGAGACUGAUCCCUUUAAACAGAAGGUUCUGGAUGGUCGUCAGCUUGCACUGAAAGUGAGUGCAAACUCUGUCUAUGGGUUCACUGGAGCACAAGUUGGAAAACUCCCCUGUCUGGAGAUUUCACAGAGUGUCACCGGCUUUGGCAGACAGAUGAUCGAGAAAACCAAACAACUGGUGGAAUCUAAGUACACUCUUGCAAAUGGAUAUAAGGCAGAUGCCAAGGUUAUUUAUGGUGACACAGAUUCUGUGAUGUGCAAACUUGGUGUUCCGACAGUCUCCGAAACCAUGGAACUAGGAAGAGAAGCGGCAGAAUGGGUCUCCAGUCAUUUCACACCACCCAUAAAAUUGGAGUUUGAAAAGGUAUAUUUUCCAUACCUGCUGAUCAACAAGAAGCGAUAUGCUGGUCUUUACUUUUCAUCCAGCGCAAACACUCAUGAUAAGAUGGACUGCAAGGGAAUAGAGACUGUAAGGCGGGACAACUGCCCUCUAGUGGCCAAUCUGAUCAACACAUGCCUGCAGAAGAUCCUGAUUGACAGAGACCCAUUGGGAGCUGUGGAACACGCCAAGGACGUGAUCUCUGAUUUGCUGUGUAAUCGGAUAGACAUCUCGCAGCUGGUUAUCACCAAAGAGCUGACUCGUACCGCCGAUGAGUAUGCCGGUAAACAGGCUCACGUGGAGCUAGCGGAAAGAAUGCGAAAGAGAGAUCCAGGUAGUGCUCCUAACUUAGGAGACAGAGUCCCAUAUGUGAUCAUUGGGGCAGCCAAGGGAGUUGCUGCAUAUAUGAAAUCUGAGGAUCCUAUCUAUGUUCUUGAGAAUAACAUCCCAAUUGACACUCGGUAUUAUUUGGAGCAACAAUUGGCAAAGCCUCUGCUAAGAAUAUUUGAGCCCAUCCUGGGGGAGACUAAAGCGGAGAGCGUGCUUCUGAAGGGGGAACACACAAGGUGCAAGACUGUCCUUACCUCCAAGGUUGGGGGUCUAAUGGCAUUUGCAAAAAAACGAAGCACCUGCAUUGGAUGCAAAGCAACGCUUAACCAUGAUGGUGCUGUUUGCAAUUACUGCAGAAAUAGAGAAUCGGAGCUUCACCAGAAGGAGGUCGCUCACCUUGGUUCUCUAGAAGAGAAGUUCUCUCGCCUCUGGACUCAAUGCCAGCGCUGUCAGGGAAGUUUACACGAGGACGUCCUAUGCACAAGUCGCGACUGUCCCAUAUUCUACAUGAGAAAGAAAGUACAAAAGGACCUUGAUGACCAAGAAAAGCUGAUCCAGCGAUUUGGACCUCCUGCAUGGUAACCACCAUAACCUUCAUGUGAAGACCAAACACACAGACUCCAUGACUACAACAUUGGGUCAAGAGUUGGCAACCAUAAGCUUCCUCCAACAUGUACCAGAGUUUUCCCAUCUAAAAGCUAGAUAUUUCUGAUCUCCAGGCAUCAAACAUCAGCAGACUGCAAAUAUCACCAUUUUGUUUCUUAGUCUCAUCAAGGUGUCCUGAAGGAAACUGGUUUGUUGGUCUUAUCUGGGUUUUAGAUACACUAAAUCAAAAUUUUAAUCAACCACUUGGGUUGUUCUUAUACUGGUUUAAGUAGCCUCCAUCAUUUGUCUGUUACAGGGACGAUGACAUUUGCUGUGGACUGUCUUUAUUCAGUUGCUCUGAGGGAUGUAAUACAAAGUCACUGGCAGACAAUGCCUUUCUCGCAGAUUAUUGAUAGAUUUUCACUAUAGUUUGGGAUUCAUUUCACCUAAUUAAGAAACUUUUGUAAUGUUUUGUACCAAUAUGGAAUAAAAUAGUUUUGAAUUUGU